CAUGGGUUCCUUGGUCGCUCUGUGUGUUCUGACUGUGGUCCUGGGAUUCGUUAAAACCGAGCUUCAAAACAAGGAGUUCACUCUUGGUGGAAAUUUAACGCUGAAGCCUGCGGCCUUGACGUCCUCGAUCACCAGCAUAACAUGGAAGCACGACGACAAUCUGUUAGCGGAGCAGCUCACCAGCGACUCUAAGCCGGACUACUACCCACCGAAUGAGGUUAGAAUCAGCUUGAACUUUAAAACUGGAGAAUUAUCGAUAAUCAAGCUAACCGAGAAAGACGCUGGAAAAUACUACGUUGAGAUCAACAAUGUGAUCCAAAAUGUCGGAUAUCAAGUAAAAAUCAUCAAACGAGUUACUGCCCCAACGGUUGUGGUACCACCUUUGGCGUGCAGCGAAACCUCUACCAACUGUACGGUGGACUGUCAAGGAGAUGUUACCGGUGCCGGAACCGUCCGCUACUUCUGGAAAGAAGACGACGGAGACUGGAAAGAAUCAGCGAAGAGAAAGGAGAUAAAGAACGACGCGGACAUGCAGACGAUUAAAGAGUUCUUCUGCAAAGUCAAGAACUCUGUGAGUGACGAGGAAAGCCCGGCCACGAAGAACCCUUUCUACAAGCCGGAGACGAGCUCUUCCGUGGGUUAUAUUGUGGCCGGGAUCUUGAUUAUCCUCGGAGUCAUUGUCAUCGGCGCCGCAGUUGCAUAUAAAAAGGGAUUCUUCUGGAAAUGUGUUCAGAAGACCUACAAGACAACCGGAAAAUCUUAUGCUGAGGCUGCAAAGCUGCUGAUUAAGCCGAAAGAGUCCAACUCGCCAGCUACGGGUGCCGACGGUGGUUCCGCCACUGAACCAGCCAUCAAAAGUGACCCAGCUCCGACGCCCAGCCCUGAACCACUCUAACAGCACAUACAAGAGUAUGGACAUAAUCUGUACGUUUUAAGGUGGAUCUGGAAAGUAACAUGCUGUUGAAUGUUUUGCUGCUAUUUGGAAGGUUCCCACAAGGCUGUCAUCUGUUGUUUUUAUGCAUGGAUUCACUUCUGGGCCAUGCAACAAACUGGUGAACCAGACUUUGCCCAACAUCAAACCCUGUGAUCCCAAAUGGAUACAGCAGGGUCUGAAGAUGGAUGGAUUCAUGGCUUCACCUUGGCUCUGAACUGGUAAUAACAGAGAGACAAGACUCUAAAUGCACCAUUCCUGUGGAUGCUGCAGCUCGUGGAAAGAUCCUCCUCUGACUGCCUUCUGUGGAUGCAUGAAGCCGUCUCCUGUGGAAACAUCUGAGACUCGCGUUUGGACUUUUAGGGA